UGACUGGUUAUCGUGUAUCGGGCCAUAGCAAUGUGUCGGAGGAUACGCAGAUUGAGUACGUGACGACAGGUUACCUGUUGCAAGUGCUGAUACACAGACCCGACGAUGUUCAUCUUUUCACCCACAUUGUUCUUGAUGAAGUCCACGAACGAACUUUGGAUUCGGACUUCCUGAGUUUGAUAUGCAAGCGACUGUUGUUGAGGCCGGAGAACGGUGACACGAAAUUGGUUAUUAUGAGUGCCACUUUGAAUUCGGAUCUGUUUUCACGGUACUUUGCUGACUUGAAUAACAACUCGCCACCCAAAGCGAUCACAAUCCAAGGCCAGAGGUUCCCUGUUGACGACGUGUAUCUAGAUGAUAUGCUACAGGACGGAGAAUUGGGGGACGAGGCGAGGAAGGCUAAGGAAGAGUUUGAGAAAUUAAAGGAAAAGAUGAGGAGUUUCACCUGUGAUGUGAAAAACACUAUUUCAUAUUUCACGAAUUUGAAAAGCGCUAUUCAAAGUGGCCGAGAUGAUUAUGGAUUUGCUACCGGAGGAGGGGAGAUGCCGCCAUGGGAGGAUGAUAUCAACAGGAGAGCGGAGCUAUAUAAGCCCACUCAAGACUUGCUGGUCCAUAUGCUGCUGACCAGGGCGAAGCGUGGGAGUACGACACUGGUUUUUGUGCCGGGUAAAGGGGAGAUAGAUUCUGUUAUGGAGGAUCUGGAGCGAGCUUGCAAGGUGCCAGUCCAGAUCUCAGAAUACGUUUGUGACUAUGACGAGACGUUGGAGUCUUUGAGGCUGCCGUUUGGGACGGUGUAUAUACGAGUAUUCCCCUUACACUCGAAGUUGACUAAGGAUGAGCAGGAUAGAGCGACACAGCAGCCGAUGCAUGACGAACGCAAAAUCGUGCUGGCCACGAAUAUUGCCGAGUCGAGUCUGACAGUAUUGAAUGUCGACUUGGUCAUUGAUACGGGCUUAAGGCGAGAGAAUGUUUUUGACCACGAAAGGCAGGUGUACAAGUUGACCCACACUUGGUGUUCGAAGGCUAGUGUCAGACAGAGGGCUGGUCGUACGGGGCGGGUGUGUGCGGGGACGGCAGUACGGUUGUUCACGAAGGAGUUCCAUGACCAGUACAUGGACGAAUAUGACAGGCCUGAGAUCCUAUUCACGGACUUAACGACGUUGUUCCUGCAAGCAAAGUACGUGACUGAGUUCUGUAAGGAGGCGGCUCUACCAUCGUAUCUGUUCGAUGCAAAGCACCAACAGUUGCUGAGCGCGCAGGAAAAGAAUAAGACUGCGGCGGGGUCGUGUAAACCGUCGGAGUUGCUGCAGGCAUUGAUAACGCCACCGAGGCAGGAGAACGUUAGAGCCGCUGUGGUGGACUUAUUCCAUGCUGGCAUUCUGCUUGAGAAGCCUGAUGAGCUGAGUCCGCUGAGUUUGCUGGGAACUCUGGCGACGAGACUACACAUUGAUGCACAUGUGACGCGUAUUGUCUACUACUCGUGGCUGAUGGGCAUCCCGGGCGAGGGGAUACUUUUGGCGGCGGCUUCAGUGCAGGAUGGCGAUGUGUUUCGCUUCGCCACUCGGUAUCAGCCUGGGUAUGAGGACCGCUAUAGAGGCGACAUGGAGAGCUCUUUUUGGUGGCGUAUUCUCUUCGAUGAGGGUGCCUUUAGCGAGCCUAUAAUGUUAAGGCGACUUCUCGUGAAGUACAUCGAGGUGGGAAUAGCGGCGGGCCAAGAAGCAGGAUGUGGCGGGUCUACGGCUGAGAGGAUAUUCCAUAACAAGUUGAGAGACGAGUCGUGGUAUCCGGCGGCUGUGAAUCUCCAGGCCUUUAACAGCCUUGUCAAUUCGGCAAGCAAAAUCUGCCAUGAUUUCUGCAGUUGGUUGAGCGAUGACAUAGGGGAUAAGACUACUCUUGUUAUGCUCGAGAAGCUCGAUGGGCAUUUACGGGGAAAUCUGGCCGUACUCGAUAUGGGCGUAUUCCAACAAAUGUUGGCUCGAGAGGUCGAUGAGGCGAAGAGUCUAUUGUGCAUGGGUUGCAAUAAUAGGGUCAUCACGGGAGAGUACUCCCAGCGAUUGGACCCCAAAAUCGAGGAGUGCGGAGAUUUGGUGAAGUUCGAGAGGCUACCACAACAGCUGGUGAUGAGACAAGAAGACGCCUACGCGACGUCUCGGCAUAACACCCCGAUGCACCAAUUGGUCUUGAAGUUGACGGGCAAGGCGCCUGCUGGGGGAAAUGCUGAUUAUAACGGCAAUGAACACAGCUUUGAGUUCCAGCCUGGAGAGGACAAUCGUUCGGUGGACAAGAACAUUAUGAUGCGGGACUCGGAAUUCCAGUUCAUCGCUCCUGUGUCGGUGCGGCUACUGCAGGCCUUCUAUGAUGGUCGAUACCAGUGCACGGUGAAGCCUGACAGAGCGACAUGGUCGGACUGGGUGAAAUUGAAACGGCCGCUAAUUCCCAACGUCAUUCGGUGGCGGAAAUACUACUCGGACACGCCGGACAUGAUAUCGGCCUCGAGGGUGAACUCCCAGUUCCAUGUGCAAGUGUCACCGAGGAACCCUCCGGGGUGGCUGGGCAGCAAACCCAGCAUGUCGUCACCUGCAUCGGGGUCGGGGUCGGGGCCGGUUGACCGCAGACCGACGGACGUGGUCGAGGGUCCUGAGCUGUAUUGGGGUAUAGUGGGGAAGAUUCAAGCGUCGUCGAGUCAUGGGGACAACAGGAGGAUCAACGACGCUCGGGCUGAUGGAGUCACAGUCCUACCCUGUCGGUGUCGGAAUCGAGUGGCGAUGGUGAUGCUCAUGGCCUUCUUGCCGUUCCGUCACGGCUUGGCUGCUAAGGUUGACGGGGCUUGGAAGAUAACCCACCUCCGUCUGGCUGGGGAUGCAUGGCGUGUCGUGCAUCCGAUGGGGCCCAUCACAGGGGAGAUGCUGGCGAGAGUGGCCAAAGUCCGAGACCUUAUGGCAGCUUCGGUAUUACUGCGUGGCCGUGACUCGACGAAGCGGCGAGCUGACACGUCGGUCGUUGUGAAGUCUGUGGUGGACGAGGAGGACCUCGAGGCUGAGAAUGUCGAGCUCUUGCAAGAGGCAAGCGCAGUUAGAGCUGUGCAGAAUCAGCUUAGGGACGCAGUACGAGAUAUGAUAAGCUUGGCAUCGUCACCAACUCCGCCGAGGCCUCGGGUCACUGGUCGUGAGAAAGAGCUUUGGCUGGUGGAUCCAUCCCCCGCGAACAUCGCUCGCCGUAUGGAGCCCAACUUGAAGAAGUGCCGACUGCUUGUCCAGGCGCUACCAACCGGGGAAGGUGUUGUUGCUGAUGCCGGCACGUCCCUUAUGGACUUCUCGGAUCUCACCGAUAUAGCGCCGGCACCGUCGAACCCUUGGAAGAUUGACGACCCAGCUGAUGUUGUUGUUGAUACUCCUGCUAUCGCCGCUGGAACAGCUACUACUACGUCUACCGCUCGUGACGAGAUUGCUGCGACCGAGGUCACUCUUGCCAAGGAGGAGGUUACGGCGACACCAGCAGACGAUGAUGAACAGCGUGUAUCGAGCGAAGCGGUGGCAAGUAUCGAAUCCACGACUAAGCAGGCCUCUAUUUCGGCUGAUGCAGUAGAGAGUCUUUCGACGCCCCAAGCGGCUGAUUUGCCUGCCAGUGUCACGCCUAGUCCGGAAGACACUGCGCCUGUCGCUACCGUUGCUGAGGAGGCCUCUGUUGAUGUUGUCGGAGCAGAUGAGGUCGCAGUUGAUACGCCCACUCACCCGGUGGAAGAAAUUGAGCUACCUCCUUCUCCUCGUAUAGAGGAGAAGCCAGAAGUUGCCGUCCCACAGAAGAAAGAGCAUCCGGUUGCCGAUCCAGUGCGACAGCCGCAGGGUGAAAAACUAUCACCUCGGGAAAAGCCAACGUCGGACCCCUCGGGUGCAUCUGCAGUAUCUCUCGUGGCGAGGACAAGGAACGAAUCAGUUGCGGAUUCCGAAUUCGAGUCGUGCAUUUCUGAAACAGAGAUCAAGGAGACUCAGGCGCUUCUCGGUGGUGUGGGAGUCCCUUCGUCCUCCCGAGCCAUCCAGCCUGUCGCCUCCCCCUCACCCCCGUCUCCGCGACCCCCGGUGGUGAGGGAGAGUUCACCACCGGCACGAGAAGCUCCUCGGAGGAGGACGCCGCCUGGUGCUCCACCUGGCAGGCUGAUCGCUGCAGUAGCAGCAUCACCGUCAAGGCCACAGGUUGCCCCUGCUCGGUUGGAUCUGGAGCAGAUAGUGCGUACGCAGCUGGGUGGUAGCUCUGGUGCAGCGUAUCGACAAGGCCUGGCACGGCUUGACACUCUGGGGUGGAAGAGCUCAGAACAAAUGGACCAUAUGAAUUCACAGUGGGACAUUUCGAAGUCUCACGUUCCGAAGGCGGGGGCAAAUGGAGUUUUGAAGCGAAUUAAAGUACUCCCUAUAAAGGGUCAGGACGAGCGAAUCUUGAUGGCCCCUCGAGUCGAUGCGGCGUUGAGGAUUUCGUCGUCUUCGAGGGGCGAACAGCCACCAGUGGGGCCACUGAGUGGAUCGAGACGGGAACCUCCUGGGAGGCCGGCGUACUUGGUGUCGAAGUCUCAGGGCAGUUCGAAUGCGCCUGUGGAGACUUCUAGACAGGCGACGAUGGCUGGUCGGACUUGUCCCCGGAUGAGCGACGAGAUGGUGCAGCAACUAUUCAGAAAUGCUGACUUGGCGGUGACGAAAUACGAGGCGACCAGGGAGGCGAUACUGGCAGAGCGAGACCUGGAGCUUGAUCGGAUCAUCUCCUCCUCGGCCAGGAAUAUACGGAGCUUAGUUGACGAGAAUGGCUUCCUCUACUAA